AUGACUUUUGACUCUGAAUCAUCAGAUGAUGAUGAAAUUGUAAUAAGGAAUCGAGAAACUGUUGCUGAUCAAAAUAGAUCAAGAAAAAGAAUAAAAAAGAAAAGGAAGCAAAAUAACGAAAAUCAAGCUAACGAAGAAACAGAAAUUACAACAACCAAUCAAACAAACAUCACAUUGAAACCACCUAUAGAUCAAUCUCCAUCCAGAAAUUAUCCUCCGAGAAAAAGAUUACCUAAAUCUCCAGAAAAAGCAGAAAAUGAAGGAGAAGAACGCAUUCCUUUAGAAAUAAAAUUAGAUGUUGGAGCAUCCAAUGAACAAAUACCUUCACUCGGCCUACCAAAAAAUCAAAAUAUUGAAUUUUCUGAUGAAAAUGAAGAAUUUAAGACUCAAACACUUGUCAAAAGUACUAGUUCAGAUAUACUAUCAUAUCACCCCCUAACUUACAGAAUUACUCGAGAAGUCAAAUUAGGAUGGAAAGGAUCGCGAACUCAUUUCCAAUUAUAUUGUGGUGGCAUUCCACAGUAUCAUGUGAAGGUCAAAACACUCAGUAUUGGUGAAUGUAUUAAAAUUUCUGCAGGAAAUACUUCUCAUUUAAGAGAUAAAAGCGCUGCAGGCUAUAUCAUAGUAGAUCAAGACUUAUUAAAUGCUUCUCUAAGAAUAAUGAAUCAGCACGGGCCAGAAAUUCUUAGUUUUAAGCUUCACCAAUCUUGUCAAGAUUAUGAAUCGAAAAGUGCAGAAGCAACAAUCAAAAUUGAUGAUGAAAAUACAUUUGAAUACAGAAGCCAACCUGUUGACAUGCUUCCUGAUGGUCCAAUGAUAUUCGAAAUACCAAAUGUAAUUCCAAGUAUUAAAAAUAUGAUUCUACAAGAUGAAAAGGAUCGUUCAAGUAUAAUUAUUGGAAAGGUUGAUAAAUCAGCGCUUCAAAUAAGAGCUGACGAGCGAAUCAAACCUAUUAUUAUAUGUGCUAUAGCUGUUAUUUUGUUUUUAUGUAAAUAUUAA